AUGGCGCUGCUCAAUUUGUUGAAGAAGCAGUUCACGCCGACCAAGCUGUUCUUCCACUUCGUCUUCUGGACGUUUCACUGGGGCAUCUUCGCCUACGGAUGGUGGAAGCAAGCGGCCGAUGAGCGCCUGGCUGGCCUCAACACGCUUCAGUACUCGGUUUGGCUUUCACGAGGUGCCGGCUUGGUUUUGAGCGUUGACGGCAUGCUCAUCUUGCUUCCUGUCUGCAGAACCAUCAUGCGGUUCAUCCGGCCCAAGAUCAGAUUUAUCCCACUCGACGAGAACAUUUGGAUGCACCGACAGCUAGCCUACGCGAUGCUGUUAUUCAGCAUCAUUCACACUGCCGCGCAUUACGUCAACUUCUUCAACGUCGAGAAGACCCAAAUCCGCCCAGUAACAGCUGUGCAGAUCCACUACGCCCAGCCUGGUGGCAUCACUGGUCAUGUGAUGCUCCUGUGCAUGCUCCUGAUGUACACGUCGGCGCACCACCGUAUCAGGCAGCAGUCGUUCGAGACAUUCUGGUACAUGCACCACCUUUUUAUUCCCUUCUUCCUCGCCCUGUACACCCACACGGUCGGCUGUUUCGUCCGCGACACAGCCGACGGCUACUCGCCUUUUGCAGGUGAAAAGUACUGGGAGCACUGCAUCGGCUAUCUGGGUUGGAGAUGGGAGCUGUGGACCGGCGGUUUCUACCUCCUGGAGCGGCUCUACCGCGAAAUCCGGGCCAUGCGCGAGACCAAGAUUACCCGCGUCAUCAGGCACCCCUAUGACGUGGUCGAGAUCCAGUUCAGCAAGCCGUCAUUCAAGUACAAGGCCGGCCAGUGGUUGUUCCUACAGGUUCCCGAGGUCUCCAAGUACCAGUGGCAUCCAUUCACCAUCACAUCCUGCCCGUACGACCCCUAUGUCUCAGUCCACAUCCGGCAGGUCGGUGACUUCACCAGGACACUCGGCGACAGAGUGGGUGCUGGCGCGGCGCAGAGCAAAAUGUACGACACGGUCGACCCCAUGGGCAUGUACGAGGUGGCGCUUCAGAACGGCCAACAGAUGCCGCUUCUCCGCAUCGAUGGACCGUAUGGCGCUCCGGCCGAGGACGUGUUUGAGAAUGAAAUUGCAGUCCUUAUCGGCACGGGUAUCGGUGUCACCCCUUGGGCGUCCAUCCUCAAGAACAUAUGGCACUUGCGCCAGGGGCCCAACCCUCCGACUCGGCUGCGCCGUGUCGAAUUCAUUUGGGUCUGUAAGGACACCAGCUCGUUUGAGUGGUUCCAGACGCUGCUAUCGUCGCUGGAGCAGCAAUCUAGCGAAGCGGCGCGCGUCCCCGGGUCGGGCGGCAUCGAGUUCCUCAAGAUCCACACGUACCUGACGCAGAAGCUCGACAUGGACACGACACAGAACAUCGUCUUGAAUAGCGUUGGUGCUGACCUGGACCCGCUUACGGAGCUGAAGUCGCGGACGAACUUUGGUCGGCCCAACUUCAGCAAGCUCUUCACCAGCAUGCGUGACGGCAUUCUUGACCGGACCUAUCUCAAUGGCCUGGAGGGCAACAUGAGGACCACGGUGGGCGUCUACUUCUGCGGUCCGUCGGCGGCCGCCCGCGACAUCAAGAAGGCUGCCAAGGCGGCUACCGUUCGCGAGGUCCGCUUCCGCUUUUGGAAGGAGCAUUUUUAA